AUGCCGCUGAAUCCAAGUUUAGCGAGUAAAAACUAUGAUUACGAUUACGACUCCAUGCAGCCAUAUUUCUACUACGAUAACGAGGAGGAGGACUUCUACUCGCAGCAGCUCCAGCCCCCGGCCCCCAGUGAGGACAUCUGGAAGAAAUUUGAACUGUUGCCCACCCCUCCACUGUCCCCCAGCCGCAGACCGUCUCUGUCCAGCCUGUUCCCGUCGUCUGCAGAUCAGCUGGAGAUGGUCACGGAGUUUCUGGGCGAUGACGCGGUCAACCAGAGCAUCAUUUGCGACGCGGACUAUUCCCAGACCUUCCUCAAGUCCAUCAUCAUCCAGGACUGCAUGUGGAGCGGGUUUUCUGCCGCUGCCAAACUGGAGAAGGUCGUGUCUGAAAGGCUUGCCUCUCUGCACGCCUCCAGGAAGGAGUCUGCGUGUGGGGAUCAGGCAGACGCCCCUGGGGCUGCACCGUGGAGACAUAACAGCAGCUACCUCCAGGACUUGAGCACAGCGGCGUCUGAGUGCAUCGACCCGUCUGUGGUGUUCCCGUACCCAGUGGCAGAGGUGCCCAAACAGACCAGUGUGGUGUCUCCCAGUAAGGACUUAGGACUGGACACACCGCCCAACAGCGGCAGCAGCAGCAGCAGCUGUAGUGACUCUGAAGAUGACGAUGAUGAUGAUGACGACGAUGAUGAAGAGGAGCAGGAGGAUCAGGAGGAAGAGGAGGAGAUCGAUGUGGUUACGGUGGAGAAGAGGCAGUCAGUGAAGCGCUACGACCUCAGCCCCUCGGAGAGCAGGCACCCCGGCCCCUUAGUGCUGAAGAGGUGCCACGUCUCCACCCACCAGCACAACUACGCCGCUCACCCAUCCAUGAGGCACGAGCAGCCGGCUGUCAAGAGGCUCAAGCUGGAGAGCCCUAACGGCGGCGGCGGCGGCGGUGGCGGCGGUGGCGGCCACAGUCACCGGGUGCUCAAACAGAUCAGCAGUAAUCGCAAGUGUUUAAGUCCGCGGACGUCAGACACUGAGGACUAUGACAAGAGAAGGACUCACAACGUGCUGGAGCGGCAGCGGAGGAACGAGCUCAAACUCAGCUUCUUUGCACUGAGGGACGAGAUCCCAGAGGUGGCCAACAACGAGAAGGCAGCUAAAGUGGUGAUCUUGAAAAAGGCCACAGAGUGCAUCUACAGCAUGCAGUCGGACGAGCAGAGACUGGUGUCGCUCAAAGAGCAGCUGCGGAGGAAAAGUGAAGUGUUAAAGCAGAGACUGGCACAGCUGCACUGUCGAGCCUGA